UGUGUGUCUGUGUGUUGUGGUGAGGAGUUUAUAGACUCACAUGUGGAUUUAAACACUUGGAUGAAAAUGUUCAGAUGUUCUGAAGGCGCAGAAUAUUGAAGACAUAUUUAAGAGAAGCUCGUGGACAUGGAUCUGCUUCCUGCUCAGGAGGCUGCUAAAAUCUACCACACCAACUAUGUGAGAAACUCUCGAGCCAUCGGAGUGAUGUGGGCCGUGUUCACCAUCUGCUUCGUCAUCAUCACCGUGGUGGUCUUCAUCCAGCCCUACUGGAUCGGAGACAGCGUCAACACCCCUCAGGCCGGAUACUUCGGCCUCUUCCACUACUGCAUCGGUAACGCGCUCACCUCGGAGCUCACCUGUAAGGGCAGCGUGCUGGACUUCAGCUCCAUCCCCUCACCGGCCUUCAGGACCGCCAUGUUCUUCGUGGGGACCUCCAUGCUGCUGAUCGUGGGCACCAUGGUCUGCUUCAGCUUGUUCUUCUUCUGCAACGCUGGGAACGUGUACAAGAUCUGUGCCUGGAUGCAGCUGGCCUCAGCUGCCUUGAUGGUGAUGGGCUGCAUGAUCUACCCAGACGGCUGGGACUCUCCAGAGGUGAAGAGGAUGUGUGGCCAGAGGACAGAUAAGUACAGCCUGGGGAACUGCACAGUGCGCUGGGCCUACAUCCUCGCCAUCAUCAGCAUCCUGGACGCCCUGCUCCUGGCACUCCUGUCCUUCACCCUUGGCAACCGGCAGGACAAACUGCUGCCAGAUGACUUCGAGGUGGAGGGAGGAGGAGAAAACAACUGAUGAACACGGACCUCCAGGACCAAAGUGUGAUGGUGAUGUGCUUUGAGGGCAAUGAGCAAGCAUCCUGAAAUGUCAUGAUGUACUUUUGGUUAAUUGAAAUGUAGCAGUCUUUUCCUGCUUCACAA